AUGUCUGGACAGCUCGCAAGUCUCGAUCCCUCCAUGGCGGAUCGUCUGCCGCCUCAUUCCCAGGUCCUCUUUGACGCGAAGGCGUCAGCUGGGCUUACGUUUGAGGAAAUCGCCAAGCAUCUCGGCCGCAGCGAAGUUGCCAUUGCGGGCAUCUUCUAUGGUCAGGUACAGGCCUCGGAAGAGGACGUCCAGAAGCUGUCUGAGCUCCUCGGAAUCCAGGCCGCGAACCUGAAGCAGCUGAACAACUACCCCGACCGCGGCCGAGCCGGGCCCAUGCCGCCUGUCGAGCCGCUCAUCUACCGCCUGUACGAGAUUGUGCAAAACUACGGGUACGCCUACAAGGCUGUCAUGAACGAGAAGUUUGGCGACGGCAUCAUGAGUGCGAUUUGCUUCAACACAAAGGUCGAAAAGGAGAUCGAUGAGGCUGGGAGCCCGUGGGUUGUCAUCACCCUCAAGGGCAAAUGGCUUCCCUUCACUCGGUUCUAG